GUCCCACGUAACGUCAUACGAGCUUGCCCCCACCUGCACGACAAAAAAGAUACGGAGCGAUCUUCACCUGCCUAACCACGAGAGCGGUCCACGUCGAGGUCGCCGGAGAUCUGAGCACCGACUCCGCCAUCAUGGCACUCCGUCGCUUCAUAUCGCGACGCGGAUGCCCGACGGAGCUGUGGUCUGACCAGGGAACCAAUCUCCGCGGCGCGGACGCCGAGCUACAGAGGGCAGCACUAGAAGCUAUACAGGAAGACGCCAGUAUCCGGUUCAUCAAGUGGAGAUACAUACCGCCGAGCGCACCGUUCAUGGGAGGAGCAUGGGAGCGUCUGGUACGAAGCAUCAAAACAGCUCUGUACACCGUACUGCACGAACGCGCCCCGAAAGAAGAGGUCCUGCACACUCUAUUGGUCGAGGCAGAGCACACUCUCAACAGCCGCCCUCUCACCCAUGUAUCCACUGCUCCAGAAGACGAGAACCCCCUGACUCCGAACCACUUCCUACUGGGGGGUCCCUCACGAGUACCACUGCCUGGUGCCUUCACGGACACUGACAUCGACGGGCGCAAGAUCUGGCGGACCAGCCAACGACUGGCCGACAUGUUCUGGUCACGCUGGAUAAGAGAAUACCUCCCUGAUCUCCAGCACAGACGAACUCCGAGAGCCACCAACGGCGCGCUACAACUGGGAGACUUGGUGUUCAUAGCCGACGGGACGCUACCACGCAACACCUGGCCCCGCGGCAUCAUUGUGGCUACAUACCCAGGCCCCGACGGAGAAAUAAGGGCGGUCGACGUGCGGACAAACAGAGGAGUUCUGCGCCGUCCUACAAAGAAGCUGGUAAUCAUUGAAACGGGAGGCAACGAGACAACGAAGCGCGAACCCUAGGACUUUCCAGCUACAAGCUGCGGCGGGAGAAUAUGUUCAGGACGAAAACGUGUUCGCGCCCAUGUGAUUUUAAUAUUGUAAAUUUAUUAUUGUGAUUUAUUAUUAUAAUUUGGUGUUGUUAAUUUAGUUUAAGGUUUGGUAAAUAAACGAGAGGGAGAGAGGGGUUUUGCUUGGAGUCUGUAGGGUUCUCCCGUCCCGCUCCUGCAUUGGUGCCGUCCCGCUCGCACACUUGAAUAGAAUGCGAGCGGCACGGCGGGCCAGCGAUGAUAUAAAAAGCGGAGCGUUGGGAGCGGAACGACAUUCCAAAAUUGACUGCACAAGACUCCGAAGGCGUUCCAAAUCUCACCGCGAUCCAAGCAAAACCAAGACCAAGAAGCUCAAUUUACAACCAGGCGUUUUUUUCUCAUAAUCCGC